AUGAAGAAGUUCUGUAUAAAGCUUAAAUAUUACCAGCAUGUCCUUUCCUUGAUGUUUGCCAUUCAAGAGAUCAAUAACAAUCCCAGCCUCUUGCCCAAUAUCACCCUGGGGUUCCACAUCUAUGACAACCUUUUUGGUUCAAGAACCACAUAUGAGAGUGUCCUGGAUCUACUUUUCAGGCAGCAAAAUAAUGCAAUCAAUUACAAGUGUAAUGGGAAAGAUGUCUUGUCUGUCAUUGGAGGACUCGGUGCAGAACAUUCCAUCCAGAUGGCCACCAUUUUCAGUGUCUACAAGAUUCCACAGUUCACUUAUGGAAUAUUUAAGACUGGGAUGAGGAGUAAAACUGAUUUCUCGUCUUUGUACUCGACGGCACCAAGAGAAAUUACCCAUCACAUGGGGAUUGUCCGGUUACUCAUACAUUUCGGGUGGACUUGGGUUGGCAUUAUUGUUUCUGAUGAUGAAGAUGGAGAAAGCUUUCUGCGUAACCUGACCCCUCUGCUUACUCAAAAUAGCAUUUGUAUCUCAUCCAUAAGAAGGGAUAAAGCAAAUAACUAUAAGUCUAAGGAAAUAAUUAUAUACCUGUCAUGGAUACUUCUUUUAGCAGAAGACAAUGUGACUAUUCUCAGUGUGGACUCUCAGUUACUUGUUUAUUUAACAUUAUCCUUAGAAAUUGUUGAAUCUUUCACAAAGGUCCACAUAGGCAAAGUUUGGGUCAUGCCACCUCAGUGGUAUUUCAGCACCUCCAGGAAUGGGGAAAUCAAGGGCACAAGCCUUUUCCAAGGAGCUUUGUCUUUCUCAAUGCACACAAAUCCAGUGCCAAGAUUCCAGGACUUCCUUCAGACCUUAAAACCUGAUGAGAUGUUGAUGCAGUUCCUCUGUUUAUCCUGGCAAGUUGUAUUCAUGCCAUGUAAACACUGUGAAGGAGAAAAGAAACAGGGAAACCUGCCUGAGGGUUUGCUUGAGACCAAUAUGUCUGGGGAGAGCUAUGGUAUCUACAAUGCUGUCUAUGCUGUUGCACAUGCUUUCCAUGCCAUAUACUUAUCCAGACAAAGAACUAUAGCAAACAAAAGCAAACUGAAGUAUUUGAAUGUUCAGUCAUGGCAGCUCCAUGCUUUUCUAAAGAACAUCCACUUUAAUAAUGGUGCUGGGCAUGAAGUCUUGUUUGAGAAAGGGGAAUUAUCAGCUGGGUAUGAUGUCAUCAACUGGGUCACAUUCCCCAAUCAAUCCUUCCUUAAGGUUCAUGUUGGGAAGAUUCUACCAAGCCAUGAGUUUAGCAUCAGUGAGGAUGCCAUUGUGUGGAAUGUCAGAUUCAAGCAGAUAGCACCUCAUUCCAGAUGUGUUGAGAGCUGCCAUCUUGGACAGAGCAGGAUAGUUCAAGAGGGGAGACCUCCCUGUUGCUAUGACUGUGUUCUAUGCCCAGAAGACAUGAUUUCUAACCAGACAGAUGCAGUUAACUGUGUCAAAUGCCCAGAGGACCAAUAUGCAAACAAAAUCCAUGAUCAAUGUAGCAUUAAGGUUUUAAACUUCCUUUCCUACCAAGAACCCUUGGGCAUUAUUUUGAUUUCUCUUGCUACUUCUUUUGCUGCCAUCACAGGUUUGGUGAUACUAACCUUUCUAAAGAACUGGAAUACUCCCAUUGUCAAAGCCAACAACAGGAACCUCACCUGUGUUCUUCUCAUCUCCAUCCUGUGUUGCUACUUUUCUACGCUGCUAUUCAUAGGCAAACCUGGGAAGGUAACCUGCCUUUUCCAGCAACUACUUUUUGGCAUCCUGUUCUCUGUUGCAAUUUCUUGUGUGCUAACCAAAACAAUCAUGGUGGUCUUGGCCUUUGUUGCCACAACACCUGGCAAUCAGAUGAGGAAAUUCCUCAAGAAAAAUGUAGCCAACUCCAUUGUUCUUUGCUGCUCCCUCAUUCAAGUGGGCAUUUGCAUUGCAUGGCUGUUGACCUCUCCUCCUUUUCCCGAUUUUGACAAGCACUCACAAAUUGGGCAAAUCAUCGUGGGAUGUAACAAAGGAUCUGUCACCAUGUUCUCCUGUGUACUGGGCUACAUGGGCUUUCUGGCCCUCAUCAGCUUCACUGCUGCUUUCCUAGCCCGAAAACUGCCUGACACCUUCAAUGAGGCCAAGUUCAUCACCUUUAGUAUGCUGGUCUUUUGCAGUGUUUGGAUCUCUUUUAUUCCGGGAUAUCUGAGCAGCAAGGGGAAAUACAUAGUGGCUGUGGAGGUUUUUGCCAUCUUGGCCUCCAACACUGGCCUUCUGACUUCAAUUUUUCUUCCCAAAUGUUAUAUUAUUGUUCUAAGAGCUGACCUCAACUCCAGUAAGAAAACAGAGAAAAGGCUAACAGGGAAAAGGCAUUUUUAA